AUGGGAAAUCUCUUCACUACUAGUAGUCACUAUGAAUUCAUCCUUCUUAGAAGCAGGACCGUGAGGAUUAUAUACAAUUUGUUCGCAUACUGUGGUAUAUUUGUUGUUAUUGGUGGCGUUCUAGUUGUUGGAUUUUUCGUUUACGAUGCUACUACCUACCGCCAUGAUUUGAGUUUUGAUAACAUCCAAGUCUCUGAAUUGGCGUUGAAUCCUCGCCUAGGCGGACCAAAAAACCUCCCAAUCGCGGAUGUGCUGAUUGAUGACCACGAUUCGGAAGCCAUGAGAGAACAACGCGAUAAGCCGAAACUAGUCAUCCUAGGAACGGGUUGGGGAAGUGUGUCCCUGUUGAAGACUCUCCGUCCAGGAGAUUACCAUGUCACAGUGGUUUCUCCUGUAAAUUAUUUCCUGUUUACACCCAUGCUACCAUCUGCGACUGUUGGAACAAUUGGCUUGAGAUCUUUGGUCGAGCCGGUCAGAUCCAUUGUUCAGCGAGUUCGAGGCCAUUUCCUCCGCGCAGAGGCGGUGGAUGUUGAAUUUUCAGAGAAGCUCGUAGAGGUAUCGCAGCUAGAUAGCAAUGGACAAGAACGGCGUUUCUAUUUACCAUAUGAUAAAUUGGUCAUUGGUGUUGGUUCAACCACAAAUCCACAUGGAGUAAAAGGCCUUGAACACUGCAAUUUCCUGAAAUCCAUUGAUGAUGCGAGGAAAAUCAAAAAUAAAGUUCUAGACAAUCUAGAACUUGCCUGUCUCCCUUCAACGAGUGAUGAGGAGCGUAGAAGGCUUCUUUCAUUCGUGGUAUGUGGUGGAGGGCCUACGGGAGUUGAAUUUGCCGCGGAAAUUUUUGAUAUGCUCAACGAAGAUUUGUUGAGAUCGUUUCCUCGGAUACUGAGGAACGAAAUCUCCGUUCAUCUCAUUCAAAGCCGUUCUCAUAUUCUCAAUACAUAUGAUCAAACCCUAUCUGAGUAUGCAGAGCGACGGUUUGCAAAUGAUCAAGUCGACGUCCUUACAAACUCGCGGGUCAAGGAAGUGAAGAAAGACAAAAUACUUUUCACACAGAUUGAAGACGGAAAGCCAAUUUUAAAAGAGCUUCCCAUGGGAUUCUCACAAUCCACAUUCUGUAAACAGCUCGCUGAGAAACUCAAUUCUCAGACCAACAAGCUUACUCUCCUAACGGAUUCCCAUCUCCGUGUGAAUGGCACCCCAAUGGGUGAUGUAUAUGCCAUCGGAGACUGCUCUAGCGUCCAAAACAACGUGGCAGACCAUAUCAUAACUUUCCUUCGAACCAUCGCCUGGGAAAAGGGCAAAGACCCAGAAAAAGUCCACCUCACUUUCGCGGAAUGGCGGAACGUAGCCCAGCGUGUGAAGAGGAGAUUUCCACAGGCAUCUGGCCAUCUACGCCGGCUUGAUAGGCUCUUCGAACAAUAUGACAAAGACCGCAGCGGCACUCUCGAUUUCGACGAGCUGCGUGAGCUCCUCGUCCAAAUAGACUCCAAGCUGACAUCAUUGCCUGCAACAGCGCAAAGAGCGAAUCAGCAAGGAAAAUAUCUGGGUCUCAAGUUCAAUAAGAUCGCGCAGGCCAUGCCUGGUAUGAAGGCCAACGAGAUAGACUACGGCGACCUGGACGAAGCUGUCUACAAGGCGUUUCAAUACAAACAUCUCGGUAGUUUGGCAUAUAUUGGCAAUGCCGCGAUUUUUGACUUCAAUGGAAUGAGUUGGGGAGGCGGAUUGCUGGGGGUGUACCUUUGGCGAAGUAUAUAUUUCGCCCAGAGCGUCAGUUUACGGACGAGAAUUUUGUUAGCUAUGGAUUGGUCGAAGAGAGCAAUUUUUGGAAGAGAUAUGACAAGCUUUUAA